CAUCCCAGUCUAGUAGUAUAAAUCUUCCAGCCAUAAGUCAUCUUUUUGUCAUACAAAUAAGCGGUCUGUUGCUGCUCGAUUCUCAUCACACCGCAGCGACUGCCUAUGUUCUCGAUUGUGAUUCAUGAUUUUACUCACAUAUAAGGUCAGUAAUAUCUACUCUUUUGUUCUACAAAUCCCCUGUUUGAACCCUGAGCGGUCAUCUUUUUGUUAAUACGUUGCUGUAAUCUCUGCACUCGAUCUGCUCUAGCACUCUUACAAAAACCUAAUUUUGUCGACGAAAUUCAUCACUAUAUAUCGAGGGGUAGUUGUAAUUGUAUUGAAUUGAAUUGAUCUUGGCAUAUUAGUCAUUGUUCCUGAUCUGGUCGUCCAGAUCUGUAGUCUAGAACAGUAAAGAUGGAAUCUUCUCGAAAAAUUAAGAUCUGGGUUUUGUUUAUCUGCAUGAUAUCUCAACUGGGUCAUGGGUUUUACCUUCCGGGUAGUUAUCCCCACAAAUAUGGGAUUGGUGACUUCUUGAAUGUGAAAGUGAAUUCACUGACUUCAAUUGAAACUGAGUUGCCCUUCAGCUAUUAUAGUUUGCCUUUCUGCCAUCCAAAAGAGGGUGUCAAGGAUAGUGCUGAAAAUCUUGGUGAGCUCCUUAUGGGUGAUAGGAUAGAGAAUUCUCCCUACAGGUUUAAGAUGUAUAACAAUGAGACAGAGGUUUUUCUGUGUCAAACCAAGCCUCUGUCCGGUGAAGAGUUUAAGCUUUUGAAGAAGAGGAUUGACGAGAUGUAUCAGGUUAAUUUGAUUCUUGAUAAUCUGCCUGCUAUUAGAUAUACUAGGAAGGAAGGUUAUUUCCUGCGAUGGACUGGGUACCCUGUUGGAAUCAAGGUUCAGGAUGUGUAUUAUGUGUUUAAUCACUUAAAGUUCACGGUUCUUGUUCAUAAGUAUGAAGAUACCAAUGUGGCUCGUGUGAUGGGGACUGGUGAUGGUGCUGAGGUUAUUCCAUUUGGGAAUGCUGGAUCAGAUGCACCUGGUUAUAUGGUUGUUGGAUUUGAGGUGGUUCCUUGCAGCUUCCAGCAUAAUGCUGAUUCACUUAAAAACUUGAAUAUUUACGACAAGUAUCCAUCUCCGGUUAAGUGUGAUCCAUCAAUUGUUUCAAUGCCUAUUAAAGAGAAUGAGCCUGUUGCGUUCACAUAUGAAGUUUCCUUUGUGGAGAGGGACAUCAAAUGGCCAUCAAGGUGGGAUGCUUAUCUUAAGAUGGAGGGAGCAAAGGUCCACUGGUUCUCAAUUUUGAAUUCACUCAUGGUGAUCACUUUCUUGGCUGGAAUCGUGUUUGUGAUCUUUUUGAGGACAGUUAAGCGAGAUCUGACUCGGUAUGAAGAGCUUGACAAGGAAGCUCAAGCCCAGAUGAAUGAGGAGUUAUCUGGGUGGAAGCUUGUGGUUGGUGAUGUUUUCCGGGCCCCCAGUAAUCCAGCACUUUUGUGUGUGAUGGUUGGGGAUGGGAUCCAGAUUCUUGGGAUGGCAGUUGUGACAAUUUUGUUUGCUGCCCUUGGAUUCAUGUCUCCUGCUUCACGCGGAACGUUGAUUACAGGCAUGCUGUUCUUCUACAUGAUUCUAGGAAUUGCAGCUGGUUAUGUGGCUGUUCGUAUGUGGAGGACAAUCUUCUGUGGUGAUCACAAAGGAUGGGUUUCUGUUUCAUGGAAGGUUUCAUGUUUCUUCCCUGGUAUCGCUUUCCUUAUUUUAACUGUCUUGAAUUUCUUAUUAUGGGGUAGUCAUAGCACAGGAGCCAUUCCAUUUUCACUGUUUGUCAUCCUUAUCUUGCUGUGGUUCUGCAUUUCUGUACCCCUCACCCUUGUUGGUGGUUACUUUGGAGCAAAAGCACCUCAUAUUGAAUAUCCAGUUAGAACAAACCAGAUUCCACGAGAAAUCCCACCUCAGAAAUAUCCAUCUUGGCUUUUAGUUUUAGGGGCUGGAACUCUCCCGUUUGGUACGCUUUUCAUUGAGCUCUUUUUCAUCAUGUCCAGCCUCUGGAUGGGUCGUGUCUACUAUGUUUUUGGAUUUCUCUUCGUUGUUUUGAUCCUCCUCGUUGUGGUUUGUGCUGAAGUGUCCCUUGUUCUGACCUAUAUGCAUCUCUGUGUGGAGGACUGGAAAUGGUGGUGGAAGUCAUUCUUUGCAUCCGGUUCUGUUGCAAUUUACAUAUUUCUGUACUCCGUUAACUACCUAAUAUUUGAUCUCAAGAGUCUGAGUGGACCUGUUUCUGCCACCCUUUACCUGGGAUAUUCGCUCUUCAUGGUGAUAGCAAUUAUGCUUGCCACAGGCGCAGUUGGGUUCCUAUCUUCUUUUUGGUUUGUGCAUUACUUGUUCUCGUCAGUGAAGUUGGAUUAAGAAGUUUUGGCUUCAAAGGGGGCUGUCUUCCGAAGGGCAGCAGCAGUAACGGCAUAGGAGAAACAGACAGCCAUUGUAAUGCUUCUUUUGCCUUUCAUUUGUCGUCAAUGUCGUUUCCUAGAGAAUAUGAAAUACACAAUCAUCCUUUCAAUUUUCGUUGAACUCUUUAUAGCCAAGGACUGUUUCAGGGCAGCAUGUUGGGGUGAAAACAUAGUUGGGUAGUUUGAAUAUCGGUAGGGGUUGGCCUGUGAGAUCACAAUAGGCAUGCAGUCGGUAUUUAGAAUUUUUCAUUACUGCUUAUUACAUGUUAAAAGAUUUAUGACAUGAAGGUAUUUUUCUUGACAUGUAUGUAUUAACUUUUGACUUUGGUA